AAGAAAGUGAGUUGAUUUAAGUUUCUUUUCUUCAUUGAAAAGAUAAUUAAAAAAGAGAGAGAGUGAGUGAGGGAGACGAUAGCAGUGACGAGAAGUUUCAGUUUUCAUUUAAAGAUUUCGCAAUGACGGGGGCUCAGGAUAAGCUCGACAAGAUGAAGCUCCGGCAGGAUUACCGGAAUUUAUGGCAUUCCGAUCUCAUGGGCACCGUCACCGCCGAUACGCCCUAUUGUUGCUUGGCGUGUUUGUGCGGACCUUGUGUUUCCUACUUGCUUCGGAGAAGAGCACUUUAUAAUGACAUGUCAAGGUAUACUUGCUGUGCUGGAUAUAUGCCUUGUAGUGGAAGAUGUGGAGAAAGCAAAUGCCCUCAACUUUGCCUUGCCACCGAGGUUUUCCUCUGUUUCGGAAACUCUGUGGCCUCUACCCGCUUUCUUCUUCAGGAUGAAUUCAACAUCCAGACAACAAAAUGCGACAACUGCAUAAUUGGAUUUAUGUUCUGUCUCAGCCAAGUCGCUUGCAUAUUCUCUAUAGUCGCUUGCCUUGUUGGUAGCGAUGAACUUUCAGAGGCUUCUCAGAUACUCUCUUGCUUUGCUGAUAUGGUCUAUUGCACGGUCUGCGCGUGUAUGCAGACACAACACAAGCUUGAAAUGGACAAAAGAGAUGGAGUGUUUGGAUCUCAACCAAUGGGCGUGCCACCGGCUCAGCAGAUGUCUCGCUUUGAUCAACCCGUCCAUCCUCCAGUCGGAUACCCGCCCGCUCAAGGCUACCCGCCUGCAUCUUACCCGCCUCCAGGUUAUCCCCAACAUUGAGAAACCUUAAAACCGAUAUUUUCAUAUUCUGUGUCAAAAGUGUUGUUGUUACUCGGUUUAGCUGUGCAGAACUGUUAUAUCGUUCAGCUAUCUUCCUUAGUUAUGCGGUUUCUUUGCAAGUGUCAGUACUUGGUUUAUGCCCUAAAAGCUUUGGUCUGUGCUGAUUUAGUUGGUAUGUAUGUCCCAUUUAUCUGAUGAACGAAAAGUAUAGAACCUUGAUGCUCUAUAUGUGUGGGUUUAUUUUUUUUUUUUUUAUGUUGUCAUU